AUGAGUUUCUUCAAACCCCUUUAUGUAAUUUUUAUGCUUCUCUUCGUCAUCCACAGCCAUGGGAUAAUAAUCAGAGUUCAAAACAACUGUCCCUACACAGUCUGGCCUGCCGCCGUGCCCGGCGGAGGCCGCCGCCUUGAUAGUGGCCAAACAUGGACAAUCGGCUACCCUUCAACGAAGGUAGCCAAAAUCUGGGCUCGUACUAAUUGCACGUUUGAUUCAUCGGGUAAGGGUAAGUGCCUAACCGGAGACUGUGGCGGCCUGCUUGAAUGCAAAGACUUAGGUACAGAACCGGCGACUUUUGCUGAAUACGGCCUGAACUCCUUCGCCGGAAAAGACUUCUACGAUAUCUCUGUGAUGAAAGGGUUUAACGUGCCGUUGUCAAUGACCCCUACGUCAAAUGGAUGCACCAAGAGCAUAAGAUGUGCGGCGGAUCUUACUGCACAGUGCCCGAAGGAAUUGAAAACUGCCGGCGGAUGCCAUAAUCCGUGCACGGUGUUCAAGACGACUCAGUACUGCUGCGGCUCAGGGCGGUGUCUGCCGACGAAUUUCUCCAGGUUUUUCAAGAGUAGAUGCAGGGAUGCCUUCACGUAUCCUGAAGAUGAUCCUACCAGCACUUGCACUUGCCCCGCCGGCACCAGUUACAGAAUUGUGUUCUGUCCUUGA